AAUCCCCGGGCUGGGGGUUGUGUCUUCUGCUCCCGCUCGGGGCGAGGGAGAGGCGGCCGUGCCGAGCGGUUUCGGACCAAAGGAGGUGAAUUUGGGGCUCCGUGCGUGUGGUGGGGAGAGCCCAGCUGCAACGCAUCGGGGCGCUGGGGGCGUGUUGGAGGAGGGUCCUGGGGAGCCCGUCCUCAGCAGUGGCUCUGCCGGGCCCCCCCAGCCCGGGGGCCACCCUCGCCGGGGGCCAGGGAAGAUGCUCGGGGGCACGGUGAGGGUCCUGACUGCCCUCCUGGUGGCUGCGGUCAUGGGCUACCCGUCCCGGCGCUCCGCCACCGACCUGGAUGCCACCCCCAGGACGACGGUCACCUUUGACGAGCUGUCAGGGGUGCGGCGGUUCAGCGGGCGCAGCCUGAACUACACCACGCUGCUGCUGGAGGACGAGCGGGGCAUCCUCUACGUGGGGGCCCGGGGGGCCAUCUUCGCCCUCAACGCCAGCAACGUGGCCGACGGCUCGCACCGCACGAUCCAUUGGGAAGCAUCCCCGGAGAAGCAGCUGGACUGCCUGCAGAAGGGCAAAAACAACAAGACCGAGUGCUUCAACCACGUGCGGUUCCUGCAGAGGCUGAACAGCACGCAUCUCUACACCUGCGGCACCUACGCCUUCCACCCGCUCUGUGCUGCCAUUGACGCCGACAGGUUCACGCUGCCUGCCCGCUUGGAGGAAGGCAAGGAGAAGUGCCCCUACGACCCCUCCCGCGGCUACACCGGCCUCAUCGUGGAUGGUGGCUUGUACACGGCCACACGCUAUGAGUUUCGGAGCCUUCCCGACAUCCGGAGGAAUCUGCACCAGCAGCCGCUGAAGAUGGAGGAGUCCCCCCUGCACUGGCUGAACGAUGCUGACUUUGUGGCCUCUGUGCUGGUCCGGGAGAGCAAGGACAGCCCCGUGGGCGACGAUGACAAAAUCUACUACUUUUUCACGGAGCGGGCGGGCGAGGAGACCACCUCCUUCUUCGACAAGAGCCAGGUGGCCCGCGUGGCUCGGGUGGCCCGCGUGUGCAAGAGCGACGUGGGGGGGAAAAAGAUCCUGCAGCGCAAGUGGACGUCCUUCAUGAAGGCCCGCCUGGUGUGCUACAUCCCCUACUACGAGGUGCUGCGCAGUGUCUGCAGCCUGGACGGGGGCAGCUGGGCCAGCACCGUCUUCUACGCCGCCUUCACCCUCUCUGCACAGUGGAGGACCAUGGAGGCGUCGGCCGUGUGCCGCUACAACAUCUCCGAGGUGCAGCGCGCCUUCGAGGGCCCCUACAUGGAGUACCAGGACUCCUCUCGCAAGUGGUCCCGCUACGACGGCGCGGUGCCAGAGCCCCGGCCCGGCUCCUGCAUCACGGACGGCUCCCGCAGGAGGGGCUUCAACUCCUCGCAGGACCUGCCCAACGGCGUGCUGGACUUCGUCAAACUGCACCCGCUGAUGUUCGAGGAGGUGCAGCCGGCGGGCGGCGAGCCGCUGCUGGUGAAGAGGAGCGUGGCCUACAGCCGCCUGGCUGUGGACCGCGUGCGGGCCCUCGACGGGCGCUCCUACGACGUGCUCUUCAUGGGGACGGGGGACGGCUGGCUCCACAAGGCCCUGGUGCUGGACUCCGGCGUCCACAUCAUCGAGGAGGUGCAGGUGUUUGGGGAGCCGCAGCCCGUGGAGACCCUGGUGGUCUCCCACAAGCAGAGGAGCCUGUACGUGGGGGCAGCCAGCGGGGUCCUGCAGGUGCCCCUGGCCUCCUGCGCCAGGUACACCUCCUGCUACGACUGCAUCCUCGCCCGGGACCCCUACUGCGCCUGGGACGGCCGGGCUUGCCUUGACACGGCCUCCAGGGACAGCACGGGGCUGGUGCAGGACGUGCAGGGCGGCAACGCGGGAUGCCGGAGCAGCUCCGGGCGCAGCUUCCCGCCGUGGAAGAACCGGACGGUGCUGCGCGGGGACGACGUGCUGCUGCCCUGCGACCAGCGCUCCAACCUGGCGCGGGCCGUGUGGCUGCUGAACGGCAGCGAGGUGCCGGGCGCGGGGCAGGAGCGGCUGCGUGUGGGGGUGGACGGGCUGCUGGUGACCGACACGCUGCCGGAGCACGGCGGCGAGUACCGCUGCUACGGCGAGGAGCGGGGCCUGCGGACGCUGCUGGCCGCUUACAGCCUCACCGUGCUGCCCGAGCUGCCCCGCGCCGCCGCCGCCGCCACCGCCGGGCCGCACACCGCCUCCCAGGUGGCCGGGGACGCCAAGGUGGUCUACGUCUCAACCAUCGUGGUGCUGGUGGUGCUGUGCGCCGUGCUGGGCAUCGUCCUGCUCUACGUGUCCUGCCUGGAGAAGCGCAAGGGCAAGUACGUCCUCGGGGAGCCGCGGCCCGCCAACGCCGAGCUGCAGACGGUGUCGGCCAGCUGCCUCCGCAAGGGCCGCGAGGAGGGGGAGGAGGACGAGGAGGAGCUCGCCUACCCCGACGGCUGCUUGCGCAUCAUCCCCGGCGAGGCGCCCACGGCCGCCACCUCCCCGGUCAAGGAGCUGCCGGCGGUCGUUCCCCCGCCGCCGCUGCCGCCGCCGCUGCCGCUGCCGGCCGAGCUGACCAACGGGGUGGGCGCCCUGCCCAGCGUCCUGCGCAAGAUGAACGGCAACAGCUACAUGCUGCUGCAGCAGGACGAGCCGCUGGCCUCGCCGCUGUGCAGCGCCUCCUUCACCGAGGAGCUCAGCAAGAUCCUGGAGAAGAGGAAGCACACGCAGCUGGUGGAGAAGCUGGACGAGAGCUCCGUGUAGGGGCCGGGGGGGACCCGCUGCGGGACCCUCCUCCCCUCCGGCCCCUUCUCCCACCCCCUGCCAGCAGUGUUAUGAGACUCAGGCGAAACUACCUCCGGGACCGCAGCAUUGGGCCGGGCCCAGGCUCGUCGGUUCCUUUGGCUUUUCAUUCACUUUUAAGACUUGAUGUACAAAAAAAAAAAAAACAAUGGAAAAGGAGGAAAAAAAAGCCCAGAGAAGAAUCUA